UUAGAAGAAAUAUUACUCAAAUUUAAUUUCUUCAAAAAAAAUCACAGAGAAACUAUAGAAUCACCAAAGGCAUCAAAAAUCCUUGUAUGACAGCCACCAGUUCUUUGAUCAAAACCCAAUCCACCAUUCAUCAUGAUGAAAAAAGUUAAAACAAUUAAUCACAGACAGAAUCUUCAGCUUCCUUUUUCCACCACCAUAUCCCAAGAUUUCAUUGGUCCUUGACCAUCAUCUACAUGUCCAUUUGAGCAACAACACCGCGUCUCCCAAAAAGCGAAAAAAAUAAAUAAAAAAUAAAAAUAAAAAACACAAAAAACAAAAACAUCUAGCGCAAUUGACUUUAGUAAAGAAAGACUUUCAACAGUAACAAUGGUGCUGCUCGCUAUGUAGCUUCCUCAUCUUCUUUCAUUCUUUUCUCUCCUCCAUUUCGAUCUUCUUUCUUUGCAAAAUUUAGGAUCAAACCCAGCUCACCAAAUUCUCGCCGGAAAACAUGGAGGAAUCCGGUGGGUGUUGCCGUUGCUGUUUCAGCUUCAUAUUCACUCUGGGUCUCACAGCUCUGUUUUUGUGGCUAAGCCUACGCACUUCGAACCCCACUUGUUCUAUACAAUCAUUCUACGCUCCAGCUCUGAAUCAGUCACUGAAAGCACGAGACAACACCACCAUCUACUUCCUGCUGAAGCUCGACAAUGGAAACAAGGACAAAGGGAUUUACUACGACAACAUCAACCUCACUGUGUCAUACAAAACCAACGUCACUCCGCCAAUCUACAUCAACAACUUGACCAUACAUAGCUUCUAUCAGGGGCAUAACAAGAAGGCCAAGAAAAACCAGAGCUUUGUUCCUGAUGCUCGGUUUAACUGGACGGCGGCGAACCAGUCGGUUGCGAGGAAUGAGAGUGUGAUAUUCCGGGUGGAUUUGGCGACGGCGGUGAGGUUCAAGAUCAUUGCUUGGAAGACCAAGAGGCACAGGUUGGUUGUUGGAGCAGAUGUGGAGAUUAAUUAUGAAGGUGCUAAGAAGAAGAAGAAGGGUAUUAAGCUCUCCGGUGGACCAAAGCUUCUUGGUUUUUACUCUGUUCAGGUUGGUAUUUUGGUCAAUUUGUUAGCUUUGCUUUUCCUUAAUUAUUAUUGGUAAUUUUUAUUUUUAUUAGUAUUUUUAAAAAAAAUUUAGGAUGAUUUAUUUGUAUUUCUAUGUCCUAGUUUCCUUUUCUUUUCUUUUUUUUUCUUUAUUAUUAUUUUUUUUUUUUCACUUGAGGAACAAUUUUGUAUGCUCGAAAAAGGGGAUAAUCUUGGAAUGCAAAAUUUAUUGGUGGUUAUUUUGAUGA